AUGGCUCUGCGGCCGCCGGGAGAGGCCGGGCUCCCGGGCAGCCCCCCGUUCCUGGCGCCCUACUACGCGCCCUUCGCGCCCUAUGGGCCCCCCGGGAGCGGCCUGGCCGCCGCGGGGGAGGACUGCCAGCCUUUCCCCGUCCCCGUCCCCAUCCCCCUCCCCGCCGUGUCCGCGCCCCCGGCCGCCGCCCCCUUCGCCCUGCUGAGCCCCGGCCUGGAGCUGCCCCGCGAGCCGCUCUGCGACCUGGCCUGGCCCGGCAAGCUGGCGCCGUGGUGCCCGCUGCCCGCCUUCGCCAAGGAGCUGCAGCACUUCGUGGCCCCCGGGGAGGACCUGGCCCUCGUGGGGGGUCGAGGCGACGGCGGCCCGUGGUACGGACCCGAGGUCUUCCUGCCGCCGCCGCCCCCGGCGGGCGCCCUCCUGCUGCCCGCGGGGCUGAAGACCUCCCCGCUCCUGCCGCACUUCCCCAGCCAGCGGCCCGAGGACGGCCCCAAGCCCCCGGAGCCGGAGAGGACGCCGGCGCAGCGCUACCACUUCACCCAGGAGGACCUGCACCUGGUCCUGUACGGCUUCCUGCCCCGCCUGGAGCCCUCCCCGGAGCGCCUGCACCACGCAGCCUCCGGCCUCCUGGUGCCCCCGGACGGCGCUGGGUCUGAGUGUCUUCCUCGAGCCGUGGAUCCGGAUGCUCUAAAACUGCCCGAAGGUCUCUGCCUCAGGCAGUUGCUGUUCGGCGGUGUGCCACAUUUUGGCGUGUUCUGCCAAAGCCUCAUUGCCAAAGGAGUCAGGUUUGGACCCUUUCAAGGAAAAGUGGUCAACGCCAGUGAAGUCAAGUCCUACGGAGACAACUCUCUGAUGUGGGAGAUCUUUGAAGACGGUCGUUUGAGCCACUUUAUCGAUGGAAAAGGGGGCGCAGGGAACUGGAUGUCCUACGUCAACUGUGCCCGGUUCCCCGGGGAGCAGAACCUGGUCGCCGUGCAAUGCCAAGGGCAGAUAUUCUAUGAGAGCUGCAAAGAGAUCUCCCAGAGCCAGGAGCUCCUGGUGUGGUACGGAGACUGCUAUGAAAAGUUUCUGGACAUUCCCGUGAGCCUGCCGGUGACGGAGCAGGGGGAGCAGGCGCCCGGGCCCUCUGAAGAGUCUGCAGAAGGGUACAAAUGUGACCGGUGUGGAAAGGUGUUUACCUACAGAUACUACAGAGACAAGCAUCUCAAGUACACCCCCUGCGUGGACCAGGGCGACAGGAAGUUCCCCUGCUCUCAGUGCAAAAGAUCUUUCGAGAAACGGGACCGGCUCCGAAUCCAUAUCCUCCACGUUCAUGAGAAGCACCGGCCUCACAAGUGUUCUACAUGUGGGAAAUCUUUCUCUCAGUCUUCCAGCCUAAACAAGCACAUGAGAGUUCACUCUGGAGACAGACCCUACCACUGUGUGUACUGUACUAAGAAGUUCACUGCCUCCAGCAUCCUUCGCACACACAUCAGGCAGCACUCGGGGGAGAAGCCCUUCAAAUGCAAACACUGUGGCAAAUCCUUCGCGUCCCACGCCGCCCACGACAGCCACGUCCGCCGCUCCCACAAGGAGGAGGGUCAGGGCUGCUCCUGCGGCCGCUGCGGGAAGGCCUUCCCGGAUCAGGACGCCCUGAGCUCCCACAUGAAGCUUCACGAAGACUCCUAG